UUCUCAAAAAUCCCCGGAAACAAACCAAUUUCCAUAAACCAACUAACCAUUCCCUAUCCAAUCUCAAACUUGCAAUCCCACAGACCCCUCACUCUCCCAUCAAUCAUCGGUCCCGCCGAGUCACCAGGUGUCAGCAAAGUCCAAUCCCGCGGCAUCGAAGAUUACGUAACUCAAGAAGAUGAUCGUCGCGUAUCUCGGUGAGCUGUGAUCAACAACGUACGAGGCACAUGCUCGAGAAACGCGGAUGAUUUCAGAAAGACUGAGGGGCAAGAAAGAAACCACAGGGCGGGACGAAGAUAGCCUGAAGAGGAAGCCCGAAGAGGCUGGCGUCGCUACGGUCGUCGGCCACGAAGAGAUCCGCCAGUGCAGCACCGACGAGCCUCGUGCUAUAUCGAGCCGAAUUCUCUUUCUCUCUUCAUCGUCCUCGUCGCUCUUUGCCGAAGACAGUCCGAGGCGUAGCUUGUUCGCGGUCGAUCGAUCUCGCAGCGGCGAUCGAUGACGGUGUUUCGGCUGUUCGUGGUGCAGCAACGAGCGGAAAACUGGCCAGGAACGGUGUGAUCGUCGAGCUAGGCUCGACGUGGAAGAGGAAGAGGAGGAACGGCCAUGGGCAACGCCACCGCGAAGAGCCACUACUCGAAGAGCCUGCAAGUCGGUGGUACCAACAGGAGACCACGUUGGGAGGGAUCAGGACUUCCAGCUCCUCCAGGAAAGCCAAUUCUCAUACCCGGGGCGGACGAGUCUCAGCCAGAUGUGGUCGCCAUUCGUUGGGAGAGGUCACCGAGUAACGGUGGCUCGGCCAUUGUCGGCUACCUCGUUGAACAUCGAAGACUCGGUUCACAACACUGGGUUCGCAGCACACCAACACUAUGCACCUUCCCGGAACUGACCUUGAGCGGCCUCGAACCAGGAUGGCGCUACCAGUUCAGGGUCAGGGCUCAGAACGUCGUGGGUCUUUCUCGACCCAGUGAGAUCUCCGAUGCUCUGACUGUGACCUUGCAGAGGUCCGCCUCUUCGGCUCCGUAUUUUGACUUGGAACUCAAGGACACGGUUGUUUUGGAAAAUGAGCAGGCAGAAUUCGUGGUACGGUUUACUGGAUCGCCAUUACCGAAGAUCUCGUGGUUCAAAGAUGGUUUCGAGAUCUUCAGCAGCAGGAGGACAAGAAUCAUCACAGAUAGUGGUAGAAGUGUUCUGUUGAUCCAUCAAACGGCGCUAAACGACGAGGGCGAAAUAAAGUGCACCGCAACUAACAGAGCUGGUCACUCCAGCACCAAAGCCAGACUGGUCUUAGAAGCUCCUCCAAAAAUUCGACUUCCACGCCAAUACGAAGACGGCCUCCUUUUCGAGCAAGACGAAACAAUUAGGCUGAAGGUAUCCCUAGCUGGAAGACCACCGCCUUCCGUUAUUUGGUACCAUGACGGAGAGACGAUCUCCCAUGACGAGAGGCACAUUUUCGAGACGAUGGACGGUGAAUCGAUUCUGAAGAUCCCUGAUGCCAAACGCGCAGACCGAGGAGAAUACACCGUGAAAGCUGUAAAUAAACUUGGCGAAGACACUUCCUCGUUUCUGGUCACUGUUACAGAUCGACCAGCAGCACCAGGAAAAGCCAUGGUCACCAUGACCCUAGGCAGAACAGUGUCCCUAUCAUGGAAGGAGCCCGAAGACGACGGUGGUUGCAAGAUUGGCACAUAUAUCGUCGAGUAUUACAGGAUUGGCUGGGACGUGUGGCUGAAGGCAACCACGAGUAGACAGACCAAAGCGACGCUGUCGGAGUUAAUCGAGGGAUCGGAAUACAAGUUUCGAGUCAAAGCUGAGAAUCCGUAUGGUGUGAGCGAACCUAGCGAGGAGAGCGACGUAAUCUUCAUUCCAGAUUUAAAGAGGGGCAUAAUGACGCCAUCAUUGAGCGGAAAAUCGCAGAGCCACAGAGAAAUCAGAUCACGGGAGAAGCGUGAAGUGAGUUUCGCCGUUCCCGCUCAGAGGACCAGAAGUUUAACGAGGGAAGAGUCUCGAGUUCGAGACGAGGACGAUGACAUGCGUUUCGGUCCGAGUCGGUCAGCAUCUGCUCAGAGACUCUCGGGAAGACCAUCUAGGGCAGAUAGUAGAGUCACUUUUGCAUUGGACACUAUGGACAAGUCAGAACCACCUGUUCCUCCGGCUAGAUCGAAGGAUCAUUCCACUUCGAGGCAUGACCGGGUUGAGAAUCACUCGGAUCGUGCUGUUAAUGCACCUGUUAAUCAGAGUUUGAACCAAAACAAGGAGAGUCCAGCAACCAAACCACCCACUACAGUGACGGUUUCACCACCACAAACGGAGGAGACACGACGUUCAGUCUACAGGGAGUCGCGAUCAAGGUCUGUUUCCAUACCAAGAGAACGCAGCAUGUCUCCGCUGUCGAUGCCUCAAAUUCAAGAACAGCGAGAAGAAGAGAGUCAUGUAGCGACCUCGCGUCUUAGACCGUCCAUGCAUUUGGUCCUGAAGAAGCAGCAGACUACCGUUGACGAACCAGAACCACCGCUUAUCAAGAAUAAUUCGUUGGACCUUGAUAAACCUGGUUCACCUACCACUCCUAGAGAAGAUGACGAGAGUGCGCUUCAUGGAAGCUCGGAGUUUAUGUUAGUGCUGUAUCCGGAGGAUCAGGAUCAGGAGAAGAAGUUUAGGGACAUUGAUGGCAGACGGAAGAACUCGGAUGCCAGACCAGCCCCAGAGGAGCCAGAAGACAUGGAGGACCUCAUACCACCUCCCAUGUCCUUAUCCCUCCCCGAACUGUUUAGCGCUGAGCACCAAGUGGUGGAGACCCUUCGUGAAGCGGUCAGUUCAACAGAGCUUCUCCACGAACGAGCCAUGGAGCGUUUCUACAAGGCCGUAGCCGCCGAAGAGGCCUCAGAGGUAGCCAAAAGGAAAACGCAGAUCGAAAGAAAAACAGGAGAGCUGGCAACGACCGUGGAACCAAAAGAAGGCGACGAAAUCGAUAACCAAGACCGACUAUCGUCCAUCCGAAGAAGACUAUCGAACCCUGCAGUGAUUCCUCCGAAUCUGAUCGGUUGGCAGCCGAAGAAGAAUCGCAGGAGGUCCAGCGAGAGUCAGGCCGACACUCUGAAAGUACCUCUGAAGCUUCAAAGUCCGUUGACUGAUAUCGAAGCGAGGUCUGAUCCGAACAUACCGGGCGAUGUGGAGCCAGCGGCUCCUUGGGGGUUGGACAAAGAGGAGGACUCGGCGACGCAGCUGCGCAGAUGGCACGACGCCAACGUGCCUUUGGUGGAGGAGCUUAACGACAAAUCGAUACCCUGGCCGACCAAUGAAGAGAAAGAGGUGGUUCCAGAGCCAGCUCAGGAUGCGAAACAGGAAGAAGAAGAGGAAGAAGAGAGUGUGGAGACAUCUGAGGAGUCAUCCGAGGAGGUCAGCAGCGCGGACAGCGAGGAUCUGAAGCUGCUGAAGGCCAGGAUUCUCGCUAGACAGGUGCUCGAGGAAGAGGACACCUAUCACCCUUCCGGAAGACCAAUCUUACACAUCGAACCGGAACCCCCGCCCAUUCCACCACACAGAGUCCCCAUUUUAGAGGUGUCGCCACCCACCCCCACCAGAACAGUCCCACCACCGUUGUCCCCUACGAAUGUGGUCCCUAAAUCGAUACUAAAGAAACCCAAGGAAGAACCGAUUCCUGUAAACAGUUUUGGGAGACCCAUCCCUCCGGAGAAGCCCAUCAGAAAGAUCCCACCGCAACCUGUGCAGCCACAGCAACAUAAGGAUGAAGAGGUUCAGCAAGUUGAGACCAUUAAGACACCUGUGAUGUCGGAGUCUGAUACGGACAGCGUGCUGUCCGCAGGAGAGGCGGCGAAGAACCGCAGGAUUCAGGCGAAGAUGAGGUCCAACGCGUCUGAGGAGGAGGUCGACGAAGAGGACAUCGAGGCACGAAUGGCGGUGGUGAAUCACUACACGGAGAUCGUGAGGGAGCACUCGAGCAAGUAUAAUUACAGGAGCUCGGAGGAGAGGAAGCUGGGUGACAGCGUAGCUAGCUCCAGAAGGUCUUCCUUUUCGGAAAGUCAGGAACCAGAGAGUCAAUUGAAGGAUCAAGCUAAGAAUAACAAAGUGAGGGAGACCCAGGUUCAGCCGGCGAAGAAGAGCGAACAAAAGGUUAGCCAACCGAGAAGAGCUGGUUCUCGAGGGACCACUCCUGCGCGAGAAACGAAAGCGGAGAAGAGGAUCAGUAGACCGCCUUCCAGAAACGAGUCCCCAGCUCCCAGGUCCAGAAAUGUGUCCACAGAACGAGGGGCUUCUUCGAGGUCCUCGUCGAAAACGAGAGCCCGAGCUCCUUCGCAGGAUAGGAGACCUCCGUCGAGGACGGGCUCGGAGGACCAUCGAUACGUCAGGGAACCGUCUGUGGAUGAAGGACGGAGGACGAAGAGGGCCUCCUCGAGAACGCGGUCCAGAUCAAGCUCUAAGGACAGAAACAGACCGGAGACACCUAUUGAGUUGAAGAAGGAGAGAUUGCAGAGGACUUUGGAAAGCAAGAAAUAUCGUCCUUCAAGACGUGGGUUGUCCACGGAGAGAAGUUAUCCUGAAGUCGCCUGGCGGGAGAGUAGAUUAAAUGAAGAACGUCUGGCGAUCGAAGCGAAGUAUAAUGUUAGGAAUACGGUUGGAUACGUAACUGACCUUACGCUACUGUUGGCAGCCGUCUACGUUUAUCUCUUCAAGAAGGAGACCCUGGCGAUUCCUUUCAUCGCGCUGCUGCUUUACAGAAGAAUCCAACACGAGAUUCGGGGGAGGGUGUCCGGCGGGUGGUGGUGGUCCAAACGAAAGCAAUGACGUUCCGAAGGUUUUCUGAUGAAUUUAGAAGUUCUUCCUAGAAGAACGCGAAUGAAGUCAUCUUGAAGAGAUCUUGAAGAUGUCGAAGGGAUCUUGAAGAUGUCGAAGAGAUCUUGAAGAAUGUUGUACGUGGAAGAGAUUCUCGACAUUUAGACAAGUCUAUAGUCCUCCAAGAAGCUUCGAUGGUGAGGAUUUUUGACCUCGAAUCGAUCGUGGCAAUUUGUCAAGCAAAUUAAAAUGCAACCAUGUUGCUGAAACCAAUUGUUUCAUUCAGCAACAAACGAGUACCAAAGAUAGUGUAAUGGAUAUUAAGAGUAUAUUUAAUGGUAUAUUAUUAUAAAUUAUUGUUAUUAUUAUUUAUUCUUAUUUAUUAUUAUGGAUGUUC